UGUGAUUGGACAGCCGGACAGGAAGUAAGAGAGCAGGCCUUGGAAAAGCCAGAGCAGCCCCUCAGCAGAGGGAGGACUAGCGCUGGUCACGCCGCUACGGUGGGCUAUGGCCACUGCUACAGACCAGUUGGUCGGAUAUGGCUUAGUAGCCUUCAGUCUUGUUCUCUUUGCUUACUAUACCACCUGGAUUAUCAUACUGCCUUUCAUUGAAAGCGACCAUCUGAUUCACAAGUAUUUUUUGCCACGGGAAUAUUCUGUGAUCAUCCCUGUGGUUGCAGGGCUGCUGUUGCUGUUGUUUGUAGGAACGUUUAUAGCCACCAUCACAUGGAAAAACCGGAAAUCUGGGAAGAAAUCUGCCUGAAAGUGCCGAGAUGGAAGAAGGACAGAACAAACCCUGCAACCUCUUGGUGGCAGUGGCACGUUUUCUGGGAUGACUGAGCCCGCAGUACCUAGCAGAUGCUGGGAAGGGCAAGGGACCUUGAGUAUUAUCCUCACCAGCCUGCCCCGGUGUCAGCAUAGCCUCCCAAUGUAUGGACCAAAGGGAUUCAUAGCCCGAGGGACCCCAAACGAUGCUCUUCUGUGGCUGCCUGCUGGGAUAGGUAGACCAAGCUAUUUUGUGCCCUCUGCACCCCUGUGUCCUCCUGGCUGUCCCAUUAUCCUGCCAAGAGCCUCACUCGGGUAGCCAACACAAUGCCCUCCAGAUGUUGCCAGACUCCCAUCAUCCCUGAACCACUGGCCAUACUGGUUGGGGCUGAUGGGAGUCUCAGCAUCAACUGGAGGGCACCAGGUUCCCCAUUCGGGCUCUAAGAGGCAUUCCCUCUCUCAGGCAGGAAUGCCUUUUCUAAAUAGAGGCAUUCCUCCACUUUUCAAAUGCUGUUAGGGAAUGCUGCUGCUUAGAGCAAGGACUGGGGAAACCUUGGGCCCUCCAGAUAAUGCUGAAUGACAGCUCCCAUCAUCCCUGGUCACUGGCCAUGCUUGCUGGGACUGAUGGGAACUGUAGUUCAGCAACAUCUGGAGGGCCAAAGGUUCCCCACACCAGCCUCAUUUUGCUGACACCGUUUUUUCCUCUUACCCUGCCUCUCUUCCUCCUCCUUCAAUUCCCCCUCCCAGUCCUUUUAGCUUUUUGGUCCACGUUCUUUCUUUAGAUUAGCCUUCCCAGCCUGGUGCCCUCCAGUUUUUUUGGACUACAAUUCCCAGCCAGCCCCAGCCAGCACAGCUCCAUCCUGCCCACCCAUCCCUUGCUGGGCAAAAUCACAAGAGGGUCCUGGGAACAUUUCCACUGUGUUGAGUAGCAGUCUUUUGGAGAACAUCAGUUUUGAAGCAUAUAGCUGAAAUCAGCCUGCUUGCUGUUACUCUGACCCAGAGUAAAACUUCAAAGUUAUCCAACAGGUAAGCAGGCCCCAAACAAGAGCAGAGCUUCACUUACAACCAUACGACAUUGCAUCACCCCUGAGUAUUGGCCAUGCUGCCUGCAGCUCAUGGGAACAGUAUCUGAAGGGCUACAGAUUUCACCCGUCCCUGGCUUACAGCUUGACUGAGACCAGCCCGUGUAGCCUGGUGUUCCAAGGGGUUCAAGCAGUGCACAAGUGCCCCCUGCUGUUGUCUUGGAAUACUACUGUGGUUUUCUGACCUCCAGUUUUUUUGUAUUGGAACAGAAGUUAACCUGAUAGCUGGAUAAAUGGAGGUAUAAAAGCCCAGGGGAGCUCGGCUCAGAUAACUUGGGGAUUGGCAAGCAGGCAGAACGUUUUGCAAAAUCUCUCUACCGUUCGUAUGGGAGGGGGGAAUGGCAGCAUCAUCUUUAAGGCCAAGUGAGGGAAUACUUGUACGGUACUUGUAGUUGAAAAUGGAUUUCCUGCCCAAAAUGUCUUGAACUCACUGCAAUAAACGGUUUUCCUAGAAUCCCUCUUUCUUUCAUAGUAGUAUUACUAUUGCCAUUACUAUUACUAUAAUUGAGAGACAGUGUGGCAUAGUGGUUAGAGUGUUGGACUACAACCUGGGAGACCAGGGUUCGCAUCCCCACACAGCCAUGGAGCUCACUGGGUGACCUUGGACCAGUCACUGCCUGUCAGCCUCAGAGGAAGGCUAUGGUAAACCCUCUCUGAACAACACUUACAAUGAAAACCCUAUUCAUAGGGUUGCCCAUAAGUCGGAAUCAACUUGAAGGGCAGUCCAUUUCCAUUUUGUCAUUACUAUUAUUACUAUUCUGUUUCCUGUAUGUUUGUCUGUAUGUAUUACGGACUCCCCUGCUCAGAACUGUGUCCUCAGCCUCCCCCCUGUGUGGCUGGGUCAUCUUGGCAGCCCUAGUAAUAAAGCAUUGACUGGUUUCUCCAUGGAUAAA